GAUUUGUACUCGACGACCUCAAAAGUCAAUUGAGUCGGAAACUUCCGACCAAUUGCCGUCUUUUUUCCAAAAUCAUUCUCACCAAUGAAUGCCUUAAUAUCUACAAGACGACCUACUGCAAUACUUCACUCGCUUCACCAAGACUUUCCCCAAAAUAAUCCAUUUUGUAGUGUUAUGUAGCAAUGGCAGCAGCUCUCUUGGGAGGAGCUGCUUUGGGUCCAGUUUUCGACCUACUCCUAAAAUCAGUUAUUGAUGUUGGUAUACACAUCGCCACUUUCCGUUCCAAAUUCCUCAGCUUGAAAGAGACAUUAAUCUACAUCAAACCAGUAUUCGAUGACAUUGAGAGGCUAAGCAAGGUCCUAGACGGCCGAGAUGAAGAAAUAGACAUGUUUAAGAAGCUGUUGAUGAAAGGUGAGGAGCUAGUCCUCAAGUGUUCCAAGAUUAAACGCUGCGACCCUUUGAAGAAGCGGAGUUACUCCAAGAAACUGACGAAGUUGGAUUAUUCACUAGUGAAGUUCUGCCAGAUACACGGUUUAAUUCAGGUGGUUAGGGAUACUAAACAGAUUCUGGUUAAGGUUAACGAAAAUGGCAAGAUAUUGGAGGAGAUUCACUCGAUGGUGAGGAAUGUUUCAUUGACGAGAUCCGGGAGUAGUAUUGGAUUUACAAAUUCUAGUGGUUCUUCUGGGUGGAUGAAUGGUUCUAGUUUUGGGUUUUCUAGGAUUGUCUGAUGUGCCUCAAGUUUCUGAUUCUAUGGUUGGAUUUGAAGUUCCACUUCAUGAAUUGAAACAGAAAUUGAAGCUGCUUCAGGAGAAGGAUAAAGUGCUGGUUCUUUCUGCUCCUCCUGGCUGUGGAAAAAACUACUUUGGCAGCAAAACUUUGUCAAGAGGAUGAUAUCAAAGCCAUAUACAGGGACAACAUCUUUUUUGUCACUGUUACCAAAACACCAAACAUCAAACGCAUUGUUGGGGAAAUCUUUGAGAAG